CAGUACUGUAUAGACACCUUACAUCUUCCCUUUCUUGUGACGUCCGCUCUGCAACGAUGAUGCGAACCCUUCUUUCCAUCACCCUCCUAUCAGUGGGCGCCAUGGCGCAGCCAGUUACAUACAACACGGACUUCUCUGGCACCGGUAACGUCUGGGUUAUCCACAACAUGGACAUACAAACCGCUUCUCCCGCCGAUAAAGUCGGCUGCCUGAACAAGGAAGGCCGAUUCGUUUCCAACAACAGCCAAUGCGGCGUUUUCACUGUCACCGGCACGGGUUAUGGAUGGAUGAAAUCUAGCUCUGGGGGCGUCUGCACUUUUAACGACCCCACUGCUGAGGAGGGUCGUUGGCCCAGAGCCUUGAAAUGCACCUCGCAGGGCCAGUACUUCAGCGACCUGUAUUCCGUUAACUUCACCAACCCGUAUAUUUUCGUAUACAACGGCGAUCUGAAUCCCUGGUAUGAGGCGACUAAAAUUCCAGGGCCGGGCGAGUCUGUUGGCGUGAGUAGGUCGUACAAGUAUGACUUCCCAGCCAACUUGAUCGGGCUCACAUUGAUAUGGAACAAGCUGAGUUAA